CAUUCAUUCUCGUCGGCAGAUGGCGGAUGCAGUAGACGCCCUCCGCUCCGACCGUCAGUCGCGCAUAGACAACCGGCCGAGCACAGUGUUUUCGCUCAGCACCAUUUUGUGUGUAUCGUUUCGAACGGGACAUUGUGUGUAUGUGCUCCGUGAAUAAUCGAAUAGCACGAACUAUCAAAGUGUCGAGUCGAAUACAGUGUUUCUCUCGCGAUAUGCCCCCGCGGGGUUCGAUGAGAUAUCUCGGGCGCCCGUAGAAACCGCGCCUCCGUCAUGAGCGAGUGAUCGUCGAGCGAGCGACGUAAAAAAAGUUAACACAGGAAACAUGUCUCGGCGGACCGCCGACGCGGAUGCGAGCGAAGGGUUCGAAAUUCGAAAGCGGUCAUGUCAUCGCCUCUCGGAUUUCGUAUAAGUCACCGUCCAAUGUCAAAAUCGUGCACGUACCGCGAGCGCCGAUACGGGAGCCGCGUACCCUCCGGAGCGUGCGGAAAAUGCAAUCGUUGAUAGUUUGGUGGGCGGUGGUGUCGGCGGCCUGGGCGCUGGCGGGCGCGUGCUCGAGCUCCAUCUCCAAGCGGCCGGCGCGGCCCGCGCGGCCCGUCGCCGCCGCGCCGGCCCGCCCGCCGCCGCAGCCGCGGCUCAACGUCACCUUCCCCACCUUCAAGUGCGAGCCCGACUACUCCGAGUACUACUGCCUCAACGGCGGCGUGUGCUUCACCGUGGUCAUCUCGGACAGCCCCAUCUACAACUGCGAGUGCCGCAGCGGGUUCGUGGGGCAGCGCUGCGAGUUCAAGGACCUGGACGACUCGUACGUGCUGACGAGCCGGCAGCUGAUGAUGGAGACGGCGUCCAUCGCGGGCGGCGCCACGGUGGCGGUGUUCCUCGCCAUUCUAGUCUGCUUCGGCGCUUGGGUGCGGCUGCGGAGGCGCGCGCCCGCGCCCAAGGCGCCCGAGAGCGGGCUGCCGGCGCGCGUGCAGCUCGUGGCGCUGGCGCCGCCCGGCCGGCCCGCCGCCGUGGCCGUGCACCCGCCGCGGCCGCCCGACCAGCGCUGAUGGACGCUACUCUAGUGCAAGUGUUAACUUAUGUGGAUCGAACGAGAAUAUAAGAAAAUUUAUGUGAUAAUUAUUUUACGAAGCUUAUAAUUUAUUCGGAAGGAAUCUCUUUUGUAUAUACCGGAUCCGUCGAUGGUCGCGUCGAUAAAUUCAGUGUUCCGAGUGUUGUGGAUGGUACCUGUGUCGUCUGGUGCGGGGAGCCGGCGGGCCCGGAGCCCGCCACGCUCCCCGGCCUCCUGGAUGUUGCGGAUCCCUGUUCAUUGUAUUUAUUAGUCCUCCGUUGUAUCUGAAUAGAUUGUGAUGAAGUGGAAGGUGUGAGGCGGGGAAGGCCCCGGACGCACAUUCCAUCUCGAGGAUAGUGUAUGUUACUGGUGUCAGUAUUAUUUUGUAAUGAGUGUUAAGCCGGCAGCUUUACUUUAUUUUAUAAUUUAUACCUGUUAUCCCUCUGGGAUAGUGCUGUAUUAUAUUCGUUUAAAGGCUGAGAUGUGGCCCGAAAGGUAGGCUUCUUGUAAAUAUAGCCCGCAUAGGUAUUUAUUAGAUAUUUAUGAUCGUUUAUUUAUUGACUGCUUUAUUUAGUUAUCUCCGAGAUGAGCCACUGUAAGCCUAACUCGACAUAACGGUUGCAUUUUCAUUUCACCUGCUACGCAUGGCCUCGCAAAUCACUUAUUCCCAAUUGUAAUCUCAUUAUGAAUCUCCUGUCUUGGUAUUUUGUGAAAAAUAAAAUAACAUUGGAUGGUGUAUAAAAUUGUCGGUCUGCAGUCUAACCAGCCAUAUUGUUAAGUUUCUGUAUAUUGUAGUUGUAGCUGCUGUCAAAAAACAACAAAAUAGCUGUUGUAGAGAGGACAUGACUGGAUGAAGGCACAUGUUGAACAAGUUAACAGUUGUUCUUCUAUAUUUAACUUUUAUGGGUAUUUUAAGUAAAAAAAAUUGGAAAGCAAGAAAUGCAACAUUAUACCUUCAUUCGCUUGUAUCUUCUAAACUAAAUAUGAAUCCAAUGUAAGAUGGAGUGGAAGUGUAGGACAGCCGCAGCAGGCAAGGCACGGCAUGUAAGGAAGGUUGUCUGUUUAUUUUGAACUCUUGUUUAACCCCAGCUGUGCGAGAGGCUGUUUAGACUGCAUGGGACUCAAAAAAAUAGCAAAUUAGUUAACGGGCUGUGCGGCGCGGGCGGAGCGCCCGAGCCCGGGGCCCGCGGGGCCAGGAGCCCCCGGGGCCCGCGGCGGAGCCCCCAGGGGCCCCGGCGACCCGCCCGCGUCCCACGCGGCAUUCAUCAUGAGAUUGUUUAUAUAUUAUGAACAUUCCAAAGUAUUUGUAAAAUAUUACGUACAUCGCUAAUAAUUUCGAAGUAUCUGUUAAGACGCUACAUUGUUAAUUAUACAGUUUUCUAUUGAUCAUUUGUUAAAAGAAAAUUAUACGAAACUAAAUCCUUA